AAACUGUCAAAGGUAGCCGGGAAGGGGGGCGCGGGGGAUCGCGCAUGAGCCAGCGCCGCCUCGCCCGCUCCAAGCGCGCGUGUGUGUGCGUGCGGGGGCCCUGGAGAGCUCGCCACAAGCACCGAGAGAUGGCGGAUCCGUAUUCCUUCAGAGGUGGAAGGAGAGCUGCAGGGUCCAGCAAAACUAGCGCAAGCAAAGAAGGCAGCAGGACAGAGUUGAGGGUAAAUCCGACCCCUGAGCCCCCCAAGCUGGGAAAUGCAACCAGCGACAAAACAGAAGGCAAGAAGAAAGGGAGACCUAAGGCAGAAAACCAGGUGCUGAAAGACAUUCCUCUGCCCCUGAUGAACCAGUGGAAAGAUGAGUUCAAGGCCCACUCCAGGGUGAAGUGCCCCAAUUCAGGCUGCUGGCUGGAGUUCCCCAGUAUUUACGGCCUGAAGUACCACUAUCAGCGCUGCCAAGGGGUAAGGAGGAUGGAGGGGGCGAUCUCGGAGAAGCUGACUUACCCUUGCUCUUACUGCGAAGCUGCCUUCACAUCCAAGACCCAGCUGGAAAAGCACAGGCUCUGGAACCACUUGGAUAGGCCAGUAUCAGCUAGCAAAGCAGAAAACAAAGUGCAGAAAGCUGUUGGCAAGGCCAGUGGCAAGAAAAGAGCUGCUGAGAGUUCAGAUUCCCCCAACAUCCAUCCCAAACAGGCAAAGGUGGAGAAGACUGUGGCCCAGGAGCUCCCUGAGAAUGGAGAGUGCCUAGUGGAGAGCAGGAAGAACAAAGUGUUUCAGAUCACGGCAGCAGAGGCAGUAGCAGCAACUACCCCGACGGCCAAGUCUUCGAGCUGCAAGGACCCCAAACAACAAGGGGGCACGCAGGCUUCCCUCCAGGAGGAGGACCCAGAGAGGAUGAAGCACAGAAGGAAACAGAAAACUCCUAAGAAAUUUACCGGGGAGCAGCCAUCCAUCUCGGGGACAUUUGGAUUGAAAGGCCUGGCAAAAGCAGAGGACAAGGCAAAGGCCCAUCGAGCCAAGAAACUGGAGGGGACCAGCAGCAUGGAUGAGCUGAAAAAGAAGCCUCCAGGAGCUGGUGUGAAAAGGGAGGCCGUCACGCAUUUAUCGUCAGCAAACCCAGAGGACCAAUGGCAGCGGGAGAUCAAUGAGAAAGGAGAAGUUGCCUGUCCUACGUGUGGCGUUAUAACCAGGAAAACCAUUGUUGGGCUCAAAAAGCACAUGGACGUCUGUCAAAAACUGCAGGAUGCCUUGAAAUGUCAACACUGCACAAAGCAGUUCAAGUCCAAAGCUGGGCUAAACUAUCACACCAUGGCCGAGCAUGUCAACAAGCCUGGUCCUGUGGAAACUGCUGGAGUUGGUGAACAGGAAGAGCGGGAAAGGCUGAGGAAAGUGCUAAAGCAGAUGGGGAAACUGAAAUGCCCCAACGAGGGGUGCACAGCCAACUUUUCCAGUUUGAUGGGGUACCAGUACCACCAGAAACGGUGCGGGAAGCAGCCCUCUGAAGUGGAGAAGCCCAUAUUCACCUGCCCACAUUGCAGGAAGAAGUAUAAAUCCAAGGCAGGACAUGACUACCACGUGCGGUCGGAGCACGCUUCUUCGCCUCCCGAAGAGCCAGAGGUGAAGCCAGAGGCCAGCCCAGUAGAAGAUUUUGAAAGGACUCCUAGUGGUAGAAUCCGGCGCACAUCAGCCCAAGUAGCAGUCUUCCACCUGCAGGAGAUAGCUGAGGACGAACUGGCCAAGGACUGGACCAAACGAAGGAUGAAGGAGGACCUGGUACCUGAAACUAAGCGACUAAAUUACACCCGGCCGGGGCUUCCGAAGUUAAAUCCGAGGCUCUUGGAAACCUGGAAAAAUGAAGUGAAGGAGAAAGGACACGUCAACUGCCCCAAUAACAGCUGUGAAGCCAUCUACUCCAGUGUUUCUGGCCUGAAAGCCCACCUGACUAACUGCAACAAGGGAGACCACUCUGUUGGGAAGUACCGGUGCCUUCUCUGCCAGAAGGAGUUUAGCUCAGAAAGUGGAGUCAAAUACCAUAUCCUCAAGACUCACUCAGAGAACUGGUUCCGAACCUCUUCAGAGGCUGCCAAGAAGAAAAAGAACAGGGACCAGAUUUCCUCCAGCCAGGAGGAGAAAAAGAAAAGCACAAGUGGGAAGAAAAGGGGCAGGAAACCCAAGGAAAGGCCUCCGGAAACGUCUCCGACAGGCAAGGAGAGCUCGGCAGCAAAGACUAAUCAUAAGAAAGUCCCGGAGCCCUGGGAAGGAUCCAACUGCAGCCCCGAAGGGAGAGAGAGAGGCACCAAGCUGCCCACCCACAGGAAAGGGGGAGCCAGUAAGAUGCCUGAGAAAUAAGGGGUUCAGAGACUCUCCGAGCAUUAGUUUACAGCCCAGGGUAAUGGGGUGGGGCCCCUCACGGUUUUCUCUCCCCCGCCCCCUGCUCAUCCAUUUGUUUGUUUGUUUUUUAAAAAAAAAACAACAAAAAACCACUUUUUAAAAUAAUGGACCUUGUUUCACACUGGAAAAAAAGAAAAGACUGUGAUCCUCCAUCCGUCACCCCCGUGCACAAGCCCAUACCCCUCGACUCCCCUCCACACACACGCGUGUGCACUUGUGUGUACACACGGGCUGCAUAACUCUUCUGCUGACCUGUCACGUAACACAGCCAAACCCCUGCAAAGUGGGGACUCCCCCGCUCACCGCUUCCUUCAAAUUCUGUGCGCUGAACUGGUGAUGCUUGAGCGAGAGGAAAGUGCAAUAGAGGCGGGGCGUAAAGGCUUUUUAUUUGGGAUUGCUUGUUGGAUUGCAGUGCCAGCACAGGAACAUGAUUGGUUUCUUUUUGGGUGGGGCAGGAGAGGGAGGGAAAUGAUCUUUUAGACACCAUCUGUACCACGCCCACAAAUGGUGCAACAACCUGUGGCUUGUUAGUUGUGAUGACCUAGGGGCAGGGUUGAAGAGGUGUCUCCAGUGAAUAGGUUUUGCCUACCUGUUGCAGUGGCUGGUGAGGCUUAGAAGAUGCCAGCCCUGAAGCCAGAUGCAGAAGAUGGUUAUAGCCAGGAUCCAAGCAUAGCGCCCUUAGGAAAGAUUUGGGGUUUGUAAGGCAACCUGGUGCCCCAUGGCACCCCCCCGGAAGAGCCACAGUUAGUCCACUUUGUUUCUCUGAAUGAUGCUUGUGCUGGAUUCCCAACGGGGAGCUGUAGCUCAGAAGCCCGCCUGUCGAUUUCAAAAGAUGUCGUGGUUCCGAGCAUUUAACCCAUGGUCUGUUGGUUUCAUGGCCUGGCCAGUGCGUUGGGCGUGGUUUCUUCUCCACCGUCAGGGUAGGGAGGUGUGGUUACCGAAUGUGGCGGUGCGUUCGCCGUAGCAUAAGGAGUUUGUCUGUUUGAGCUGUUGUCGUUCACAAGCAGCAAAGAAUGCUCAGCGAGGCAAGAAACAUGCCUGCAGGGCAUGAGAAAAAGAUCAUGAUUGUCAGAGGUGCAGCGCACUUGUGACUCCAACAAAAGUACACUGGCGUAGCAGGUUCUCAGCACCUCUGGAGAUCAGGCUCAAUGAAACCAGUCCCAAGGAAGAGGUUUUUUUAUGUGGGGGGGUGGGGGGGCAUUUGUUUUAUUUUUUUAACUGAAGACUGGGCAGUUGCAAAAUUAUCUGAGCUCCAUUGCCAGAUUGAAGGGAAGAAAAACCCUCUGGAUUUUGAGAGAACUUUUCCAGACUUUUUAAAAAAAUGUACAUCAGUAUAAAAUACUGUAUCAAAUUGAUACUAGCUAUUGGUACAAAUAGCCUGUUAGCAACAGAGCUGGGUGACUGCUGCAGAAAAUAUGCAUGGACAUUUCUUUGAAUUCUCCCUUUCUGUGCUCGCUUUCUGCUGGCAGGAGUGUUCACUACAGGAGCAAAUGCUGUGGAGGAUUGGCAGAAAGAGACUUUCAAAUUCGUGAUCAUGAGCCUUCACCACGGACAGCUGAUUCUAAGAGUGAGGUUCAUUCAAACAGGGGUCAGAAACAAACCACGUGACCUAUCUGUCCAAUCAAAUCAGCUCCACUUUUGAAUACUGAAGACUCACAAAGACCCAAGAGGGUGAAGAACUUCCGAUAACGAAUCCAUUUGAGAACAUUGCAAGAUGAUCACAGACAGAGAAAGAGGCAAAAGUCAUCCAAGUGCUGUCUGAAUUAGUCACCCAGUUCUCUUCACUAGGCCAAUGAGAUCUCUCCAGCCUGAAUUGAUGCACUGCAUUGGCACCAAGUGACAAUCACAGGUCAUGCUUUAUAGUCACACCUCCGUGGCUUGAUGGAUGCACUCCUCUCUUGACUUGUUCUUACUCCCUCCCUUUGGUAGGAACAUGCCGCGGCCCAGGAGAGCAGCCUCUGAUCCCCUGAAACUCAUACUGACCUCAGUUCAUCUUCCCAAUUUGUCAUUACUCAGAGUCCCUUUUAAACAACCACACUUGUUUUGUGUUAGUAUUUCUCUGAGCAGAAAUUCUCAGAACACCUUGCUCUGGGCUGGAGGCGAAACUUCCCCAGACCAAAGUCCAUUGGCUUCUAGACAAAAACCAGGCUACCUCACUCCUUGAUAAAUACAUGGGGCUCACUGCAGUUCAUAUCACAAGGAGGCUUACCAGAGCAUUUUUGUAACAUGUUUUUCACUUGCCAGGGGAACAAAACCCAAGGAGCUUUUCCCUCAUUUGUUCCAAAUUGGGGGGGUUGGAAGAAUACGUUCGGGGGAAGAAAUUCUGCUUAUUUAGUCAAUUAAAACCUUGACCUUCACUUUGCUUCACUGCAUUUCACAGCCUGUCCUCCAUCCUCUCGAUUCUUAGUAUUUUUUCAUGCUCUGAAGAGCCAUUCAGUAAUAAUUAACCUCCUUCUCCAGUGACACAUUAUUACUGCCUCAGAGAUAGAGCUGUCUACUCCUGAUGUCAGGUCAACUCCUCUGGGGAAUCCUUGCUUAAGUGCCCAGCAUAUAUCUUGACAGCUGAACUAAAACGUGUGGCUAAAGCCUCCACUACUUGCCCCUGAAAAUUGUGGCCUACAGUUUGCUCGGGAUAAAAUCUCUCCCUUGCAUUUGGCCAUUGUUUACAGAACACUGCUGGGCCGUAUUUUAAAGCAAUUAGUGAACAAAUUUAAUUAGCCGGCACAUCUGGCCCUGUCUGCCUUUUGGGCAUCAUCAGUUCUGUUGUUUAUCUUGUUGUCAGUAGCACAAAGUACAGAUCUUAUCCCCCAGGGGAAGAGGAUGCUUCUUAGUAGCCAGAAGGCUGGCAAUUUCCUAGCCUUUGCUACAGGAUAAACUGGAGCUAACUUUCCUCGUAACUUUCCAGUACAUUGCAAAGAAAGUAGGAAAAAGAAGACCAGUUGAAAUUUUGCAGUCGUUUUGGUGAUAUUCUAGCCAGACAGAGCUCAAUAGCAGGGUUGCCUGUUUCAAAUGGAGUCAUCAAAGCAGUAAUUACUAGAAAGCCAUUGCAUUGAGGGUUAUUUUUCCCAGGGUGGUGAAACGCUGUUAAGCUGUAUCCCGCCGAUGCUCCAGGGAGGUGCUAUCCUGCCAUUGUUCCGUGCUAAUAUUGCCACUUGCUAAAAGGUCCUAGAGCAGCAGUAGCAUUCUGCCGUUCCCUCGCAGGAAUGGAACGCAGCAUGAGAGGGGAUGUGAGAAGUAAUGGGGCCUCGGAUUUUCAAAAAAAGCACAUCCAGUUAUGCUCCUAAAUCUGUAUAUAGGCUCCUAAAUAAAGUGACCUGAUUUCUCAGCCAUGCUGAGCACCCAGCUCCCGUUGACGUCAGUGAACGCUGCUGGAUGCUCAGCACUUUUGAGAAAUUGGGUCACUUUAUCUCGGAGCCUAAAUCUGGACAUUAGAAGCUUGAUUUCAGGUGCCUGCUUUUCAUAAUCUCAGUGAGAACUGUUUGAAUAGUUACAGAUUAAACACCAGCUGGAAGAUGUUUAGAUGUUCAGAUAAGGAUCCUGACACAGCAGAAAGCGUGGCUGAAAGGAAUAGAGGAAAGGCUGUGGAAAGAAGCAAGGAGAACGCAUCGUGGCAUGUACAGUACAAAUAGCAGGAUUACACUUAAACAAAAUUGGUAUUGUGUAGGCCCAGGCCUUGAAAAACGUGGGUCCCAAAGCAUACUUGCUGCACCCUCAAAUUCUGCAGGUCUGAUUGUGCACAUUGGCUGUCACCCAGCACAACCGUGUGUCUUGUGUACGCUUCAGUGCACAUGCUUCUGCUGGGGCACCCACAGCUACCUCCUUUAAAGAACUGAGCCCCUAGGCCCAAAAUUUUCCCCUCACCCCAAGUAAAUGGGCCAGGCACUGGGGACUCUGCAAGGAGGAAUCGUCUUCUCAUGGUACCAGAGCAGCUACUCAAGGCUAAUGGCUCCUGGCUCUAAAUCCACAGUGUCCUGCUCUCCAAGGAGACCUCAUCAAUCUGGGCUGUGCAGCAUGUGUGGGGUUCCAGCGGCUGGGCUUCCCUUUGGCCCCGGAAGAGGAGGCAGGACUGGCUCCUUAGCACUGGAAACACCUUGACCUUUAUUUUCAGUGACCAUCGCACGUUUUUCAUUAAUAGAAUUGCAGGAGGACACUUCGGUUUUGUGACGUCCCAGAUUUACAAACAAAAGCAGCUUUGUCAGAUACUCUCAACGCAAGGGGACAUGCCAGCGCCGCUUCGGGGGUCUCGCCCAGUUCUGCGCAGUUCAAAAUGGGAUCUUCUGGAGAGCCCCUGACUGGGGAGGUCCUCGCAUAUGGUCCAGUACAUUCUCUCCUGAGGCCUUUCUCGAGUGUGGAAUGGGUUGUGAUCAGACAGGGGGCAUUGCAGUUGUUUAUAUCUAUUACAUAGGUGUGUCUGAAAUGGGCCUGAGCCACAGAAUCUGCAUCUGAAGCCAGGUCUCCAAGACUCCUGUAUCUGGGAGUACUUGGAUCUGCGAGUUCCAUUUGGUCUGUCAGAGAGAGAGUUAGAGAGGGGAAUUUAGAGCUGGGUUCCCAUUGGGAACUUUCCAAAAGUUUGGGGGCUGUUUGGAUCCAAGUUAUGGCUUCUGGUCCAUUUCUGAUUGCACAGUAUCUGCUGGCAUACAUCCACCCCAGCUGUGUGAGUGUCACCCAGUUAAAGCCUGAAAAGGUAUCUCAGCACUAUUCUCAGUGACAGCUGAUGCACGGGUUCUCCUUAAGCUCAAAUGGUAGAGCAGCUGCUGCUGCUUUUAGAUGUCGUCAUGUUCCUCGGUUCAAGUCCCAAAAGGGAUGGAUUCCACUCAGUGGCAACCAGUUUGUGGUUCAGUCCUGCUGGUGGCACGGUGUCUGAUGCUGGUUGGUGUGUGAACAGCAGUGGGCCAGGUUCAUGCUGCUGGAGGACAGCUGUGUGCUUGUGUGCUAGAUCACGGGCAUUUGAUGGUCUUGUCCUCUGUGGCUGGGGGCUUGAAAAGUGACAUGAGUCUGUGUUGAUAGUGGAGCUUCUCCCUUACCUGAAGUGGUUGAGCUGCUUCCCUGGGCUCUGUGCUUCUCCAGUUCAGCUCCCCAUGGAGCACCAGUUGCCUCCCCAAGGGGUUAGCACAGGGGCCGGGAUUUGAGAGUUCAAACAGGCACAGAGAUGGCUUGAAUCAGACAGGAGUUGAUAGCAUCUCAGGAAGGGCAGAGCAGGGGAACAUCCGGAGGCAGAAUGGACCUGUUGGAGGUGAUGUUUAUCAGUACUACACAGCUCUCUCUACCUCAUGCAGCUGGCCAGUUCGGGGUGGAGUCCUGGCUGGCCCAUUGGGGCACCCUGAGGGGUAAAAGGUGAGACCAGUCCUCCUGCUUCGAGUGCUUGCUCAUGUGGAUUCCAUUCUAGGUGUGUGCACACCCAGGUGCACAGUUGUCAGCAUUUUUUGCCUUAGCGGUAUCCAUAGGGCCAGCCUCUGGAGUGCCGUGCUCACGCGCUGGUGUAUGAGGCGCUGCUCUCCGUUCCCUCUUGCUGCCAGGGCGGUGGGUCAGAGUGCCGCCUUCCUGCCUCGCAAGUGGACAGUGGUUUUUCCUAGUACCUACUUGGUCUUGGACAUAUACCUACCAGUCUUCUUCCAGAAACCUGAUAAGUCAGAUGAGAAGUGAGAUUAAACUCGCUGGACAUCAGGAGGGCGCUGGCUUUCUCCAUAGAACAGACUAAGCCACUAUGUAAAUUGACACGGCUUUUCGUCGUGGUGGCAGACAGGAUGAAAGGCCUUCCUGUGUCCAUUCCAAGAAUCUCAUCUUGGAUCACCAUCUGCAUCAGGUUUUGUUAUGAACAGGCGAAAGUGCCACCAUCAGUGAUUGUAGCUGCCCGUUCAACCAGGGUGCAAGCCUCGUCAGCAGCCUUCCUGGCCCAGAUGCCGAUUCAAGAUAUCUGCAGGGCUGCUACCUGGUCAUCCAUCCACACGUUCACAUCCCAUUAUGCACUGACCCAGCAAGCCCGGGACGAUGCUGGCUUCGGCAGAGCAGUAUUGCAAGCCGCACGACUGUGAACUCCGAGCCUCCAUGGAUACGACUUGUGAGUCACCUAGAACGGAAUCGACAUGGGCAAGCACUUGAAGAAGAAGAAACGGUUACCUACCUUUCGUAACUGGUGUUCUUCGAGAUGUAUUGCUCCUGUCCAUUCUAAUACCUGCUCUCCUGCCCCUCUGUCGGAGUUGCUAGGAAGAAGGAACUGAAAAGUCGUAGGGCCAGCAGUGCCUUAUAUACUGGCACAUGAGCACGGCCCUCCAGAAAGCAGCACAGCUCACCCUACAGAUAUCACUACGGCAAAAAAUUCGACAACAGUGCACAUGAGCGCACACACCCUGAGAAUGGAAUGGACACAAGCAACACGUCUCAAAGAAUAACAGUCAUGAAAGGUAGGUACCGUUUUUAUGUCCCUCCCCUGAGCUCAAGGCCUGCAGUUCUGUGUGCAACUCCUGCAGACCACACAGCUGAGGGCAAGAAAAGCUCCCCACCCCCAUCCUCGUGCUGCUCACCUGUGUGCGAGCCAGGCAAUAACAGACCUGAAUACAGCGCAUUCAGGAUCCUGGUUGGGAGAGCGUCUUGCCUAUUCACCUUUUCCACAAAUCCACCCCACCAGCGGCCUGCUUUUCAGGGGUGCUGAUCGCAUGGCAGUUACCAGGACCUGCAGCUGCCCAGCCCCUCUGAGAAGCAGCCUGUUGAUCGGUACUAGAAAAACCAUCAGUUAUGCAGCACAGCAGAGUGCAUGGGUCAGUUUGUAUCCACACACCAGGGCGGGGACUUAGUCCCGCAGACAUAGUUUCCAUGCUGCCAUUAAAUAGUAUUUGUUUUACAGUAGCCGCCAGAUGCCUCCAUCUGGAUCAGGAGCCCAGUCAGGAUCAGGGCCCCUCUGCAACAGACGUAUAGGAAGGCACAGCCCUUGCCCUGAUUGGAGCCCCAUUGCAUUUGUUGUGUGCAAAGCACAUAGGACCCCGCCCUGAAGCACUUACAUUCGAGCUGCGCAAAGAGGGUUUCAUCUGAAGUCCAAAUCCAUGGUGCACGCAUGAGCAUUGCCUUCCUCGUGAGCCUUACAGCUGGAUGCAAGCAAGUGGGACGUGUGCAAAAGGGCAUUCCCAAAGAAUAGGGUCUGAAGGACUCUGUGGGUUUCUGUGGUGUGAACCCAGUUCCGAGCACUCAGCAAUGUUAAACAUCCUGCCAAUGCUGAUGAUACUGAUGUGUGUGUUAGUUCAUAUCUAGGACCAACUAGAGGGGAAUUAUGGGGUUACCCUGUGUAUGGGAGAAUAGCAAGACAGCCUCUAGUUCAUUUCAUUCCUGGUCACAGCUGCGUAGAUACAGUUGGUGGCCUUUGACUUCCAUCAUCUCUAUCCAAAAAUCUCAUGGGUUACAUUCAGGCUGCCUGAUCCAACCACUUGAGGCACCAUCUGCCCAUCCUUUUAAAAAAAUCUUAUUAAUCCGUCUUCCCAAGACGGGACACUUUCAUUUGCCCUUCUCUUUAUUACGCUGCAGUUUCACCACUAGUCAUGAGAAAGGAAAAGAAAGUCCCAAAUAUUUCCUGUCCCAGGUGUGGGAAGGCUGUGGCUGUAGAGAAUGGAAAGGCUACAAAUCAGUGGUGUGUCUUCAGCCCACCUGUGGGGAAGGUGUACAGUAAACAGAGAUUGUUGAAUUACUUGAUUCUCUUCCCUUAUAAUUCCUGCUUCCCAAGAGGAAUGCAGCUUAGGAAUCAUUUCCCAGGAAUCAUUUCUCCAACUUGCAGAAUGCCUAAGCAGCUGCAGCUCUGUUCUUCUCAGCAGUACGAACAGUGUUGAGACUUGCCUUAAAAAUAGCUUUUCAUUGCCCUUCAUCCUUUCUGUUUUCACAGCACAAACAGCUGCAGAGCAAAGGAGACUGCCUGGGACAAAGC